AUGGUGUUCAUACCAAGGAAAUACCGUACAUACAAGGCGGUGUUGUACUUGAUGGCCGCCGAAUUCCCUUUCGUCCUGGUGAUUCUCAUCCUCACUGGCAUUGCCUCCCAUAACACCUACACGACCAAGCUCUGGCAAGAUGGAGCCAACAACGGCUUCAACAGUGCCCCAAACCAGAUCGUCUACGCCCUGACCAACGGCCGAUCAUACAAAGUUCCCAUGGUGUGGAGUGCAUUUCUAACGAACUACAACCUCGUUAUCGGUGUCCUGAGCACAUUCUUGCUCUUGACUAAGGCCCCAAUGCAUGUUCUGAGGGUCUUCCACCCACCAUUAUCCGCCAUCGUCCAUGGCAGCUUGACUGCUCUUUACAUCGUGUCCGCUCGAUUCCAGGCCGGGAGCGACAUGACCGACCCUCGUCACCCGCAACCGGGGCCGCCGUGGUACAUUACCAAGAACUGCAAUGUUGCAUAUUACAAGAGUAAUAUUGGGUAUUGCCAACAAGCCAAGUCUCUGUUUGCGGUGACGGUCAUUGCCUGUGUUAUCUACUUUACUCAAUUCGUCCUCGCCGUCAUCUCCUGUUUCGCCACCAAAGAAGAACGGGAAGCGCGACGCCAGCGCAAGGAGGAGAAGCGCGCCGAGAAGGAAGCCGAGGAGCAAGCCCUGCGCGAGUACGACGAGAUCCUGAAGUCCCCGGCGGCAUAUGGGCUCCCCAUGACGCCAGCCGCCGCGUACACGGGAUAUUAUGCGCCUCCCUUCUCUCCCAUCUCACCCAUGGCUCCCCGUACCCCAGCUUUCAACCGGGUGUCAGAUGGGUCGUCGUCGGAUCUCCCUCUUCGCAAUCACUUCAGCACACCGAAUCCGCAGCGGCCGGUCGUAUCGACGCCGGACCAGACGCAGACCAAGACUCAGACGCAACCCAUGCCCCAGCCACAGCCAUACUUUCCGCCUCCACCAACAAAGCCUACCAAUUAG